AUGGGAUCUGUCCAAAUCGAGAUAUGGAAACGAUUUCCCUCCUGGCGUAUUCGUGUCCUAGAGGCUGCCGAAAGUGUGGGUGGUACCUGGAAUUGGAAUCGCUAUCCAGGUGCACGAGUCGACUCCGAAUCUCUAUCUUAUGCUUUCUCCUUUGAUGAGGAACUCAUGAAUGAAUGGCAUUGGAAGGAGUCAUUCGCACCACAAUCGGAAAUUCUUCGGUACAUCGAGCGAAUUGCGGAGAAGCACGAUCUCAACAAGGACAUCCGGUUUCAGAACAGGAUCAAAUCAGCCCGCUGGCAAGAUUAUGAUGGGACUUGGCUAUUUUCAGGCGAACGUGGCCAGCAAUAUCAGAUGACCUUCUUUAUCAGUUGUAUGGGCUUCUUAUCAACUCCCAGCUUACCUGCUAUUCCAGGCAUCGAGUCUUUCAAGGAUUUCGCCAAUAAGCGCAUCGGUGUUAUCGGAACAGGCGCAACAGGUAUUCAAACUAUUACGGCUGUUGCAAAAGAGCCAUCUGUCAACUCUGUCAGUCUUCCAAAGGACCGCGAACUGGAAAAGUACGAUAGUAUCUUCCAACUUUGUGCUUCCACUCAAGGCUGUUUCAUGCAUCAAGCAGAUGCCCGGAAAUCUUUGGAAGUGACAGAGGAAGAACGCCGGGCGCUGUGGGAAGAAGUCUACGCAAAGCCGGGCUUUGCAAAGUGGCUUGGUGUUUUCAGCGACACAUACACUAACCGCGAGGCCAACAAACUAUACUCAGAUUUCAUGGCCAGCAAGAUCCGUGAAAGAAUCAACGAUCCAGAGGUGGCCGAUAGUCUUAUUCCCAAGAACCAUGGCUUCGGAACCCGACGCGUUCCGCUCGAAAGUGGCUACUUUGGAAACUUAUAA